GACAUAGCGCAACGCUGCUACUCGUUGGACUCGUGCUUCAGCAACGAGGGCUCUUACGCUUCCUGGUUGGCGUUGAAGGACUCAUCACAGAUUGCACUCUACACGGAGAGUCAAUGCCAAGGCGAACAUGUGACCGUGGACAGCUCACCGCGCGGAUCUCUCAAGCUGGCAGACGUCGGUUUCGACAAGAAAGUGUCGUCCUUCAUGCUUUGGGAGACCAACAUGUAUCCUACUCGAGGAUUCCUCGACAUCUGCCACGGUCGGGAGAACGCACUAUUCAACUCAACAAAUGCUACG